GAAACCCUAAUUAAAACCCCUUUUAUCUUCAUUCUUUUUUUUUUUGGCUUAGAACGUUGGAUUUGUCUAAGAAAUGGCAUUAACAACUUCAAAUAUCAUAUCCCAUUCCCCUAAUUUCAAGUUCAAUUCCUCCCGCAAUAAUCAUCUUCCUAUCAAAUUUUCUUUCUCCAAUUCCUCUUCUUCAUCUUCCUCCUCUUCGUUCAGGGUUUUAAAAAUUACUCGGAAAAAUUGUGCAAGAUUUAUCUGUUCUGCUGCUUCUGCUGCUGGUAGUUCUAGCUCUGGUGCUGAUUUAAAUCCUUAUGAGGUCCUUGGUGUGAGCCCUAUUGAGGGAUUUGACAUGAUUAAAGCAGCGUAUACCAAAAAGCGCAAAGAUGCUGAGCGAAGAGGUGAUGAAGCCACUGCUGCCAUGCUAGAAAGGGCUUACGACAAGAUCAUGAUGGCACAAUUAACUCAGAGGAAGAAAGGGGAGACAUUUGGCUCAUUUAAGGUUUCAAAGGAUAUUAAAUAUGCGGAUAAGCAGCCAGUGGUACCAUGGGGUCCCAGGUUCACCAAGUCCGACGUCAAAGAUAUGCGUAUCAACAUGGCUAUAUCCGCUGUAUUUAUAGCUUGGAUUUUCAUCCAGCGUAAUGCCGAAUGGAAGCCUAUGCAGUUUAUGGGUUUUGUGUUUGUCUAUCGAAUUUUUGAGAAGCUUAAAUCCUUUGAGCCACCCGUGUCUCCAACAUUCACUGAAGAAGGUGAGGAUAGUUCACGUGGUUUACGUAUGGGGAAACGUCUUCUUCGAUCUCUUUGUUUAGUGUUUGGUUGUAUCGGUCUUGCUUCCAUGGCUUUCACCGGUGUUUUAAAUCUGAUCGAGUAUUCCGGCAAUUACAUACCUGUUGCCCUUUACAAUAGUCAGGAACUGAUCGUCACAUGCGUAUCAUCCAUCAUGCUCUAUAUUUUGGCCUCGUAUUACCGAUAAUGAUCUGAAUCAAACCUUCCGCCAUAUGAAACUCAGUAAUAGAAUUUUGUGUCCGUUCUUUUAGAUACCCAAUUUUUGUCGAAUGUGUUCAUCUUAACUUGCUGUACAACUUGAGUACCCAUGUAGACAUGUAGUAGUACAUCUUAUGUCUAAUUUUGUAAAUUAGUGAUUGGAUUUAUUUUCUGCGGUAUUUUAUGCAUCUAUUUUCAAUGUCG